AUGCCGCUUCGACUCGAUGUGAAACGAAAGCUGCUGGCACGCAGUGAUCGAGUCAAGUGUGUCGAUCUCCAUCCCACCGAGACGUGGCUGCUGGCAGCUCUGUACAAUGGAAAUGUGCAUAUUUGGAACUACGAGACGCAAACUCUUGUGAAGUCUUUUGAAGUUUGCGAUGUUCCUGUGCGAGCUGCGAAGUUCGUUCCUCGUAAGAGCUGGGUCGUUACCGGAUCGGACGAUAUGCACAUCAGAAUCUUUAAUUAUAACACUCUCGAAAGAGUUCAUCAAUUUGAAGCUCAUUCUGAUUAUCUCCGAUCGCUCGUCGUCCAUCCAACACUUCCAUAUGUUAUCUCGUCUUCUGAUGAUAUGCUCGUCAAAAUGUGGGAUUGGGACAACAAAUGGGCAAUGAAGCAGUCGUUUGAAGGACAUACUCACUAUGUGAUGCAGAUUGCUAUCAAUCCUAAGGACAAUAACACAUUCGCCACGGCUUCUUUGGAUAAAACUGUCAAAGUGUGGCAAUUUGGAUCAAAUGUUCCAAAUUUUACCCUUGAAGGACACGAGAAGGGAGUAAACUGUGUCGAUUAUUAUCACGGAGGAGAGAAACCAUACAUUAUUUCUGGAGCUGAUGAUCAUUUGGUGAAAAUCUGGGAUUAUCAGAACAAGACCUGCGUUCAAACUCUCGAUGGGCACGCUCAGAACGUUUCUUCAGUCUGCUUCCACCCAGAGCUUCCACUCAUUAUCACCGGAUCGGAAGAUUCCACUGUUAGACUGUGGCAUGCCAACACAUACAGACUUGAGACCACUCUGAACUAUGGAUUGGAGCGCGUUUGGUGUAUCCAAGCUCAGAAGGGAGCCAACACUGUCGCCAUUGGAUAUGACGAGGGAUCGGUUACUCUCAAACUUGGCCGUGAAGAACCAGCUGUCAGUAUGGAUUCUUCCGGAAAAAUUCUCUGGGCCAAACAUUCCGAAAUCCAGCAAGCCAAUUUGAAAACGAUCUCGGCUGAAGAGUCGGAAGCAAUUCAGGAUGGCGAGAGAUUGCCACUUUCGGUGAAGGAUCUCGGAUCUUCUGAAAUCUACCCACAGACACUUGCUCAUUCUUCGAAUGGACGCUUCGUCGUUGCUUGUGGAGAUGGAGAGUACAUCGUUUACACCGCCAUGGCUCUCAGAAACAAGGAUUUCGGACAGGGCCUUGAGUUCGUUUGGGCUGUCGACCCGAACAUGUUCGCUGUUCGUGAAUCAGCCACCAAUGUGAAGAUCAAGAAGAACUUCAAGGAUCACAAGUCGAUUCGUUCCGAUAUGGUGUUGGAAGGAAUUUCUGGAGGACCACUUCUCGCAUUGAGAUCGACCAACUCUUUGUGCUUCUUCGACUGGGAAAGCGCUGUGCUCGUUCGUCGCAUCGAAAUCACAUCCAAGAACAUCUACUGGAGUGAUAACGGAGAAAUGGUGGCGAUUUGUGGAGACGAGUCGUUCUACGUGCUCAAGUACAACGCUGACGCUGUCGCCAACGCCACUGAUGUUACCGAAGAUGGAAUCGAGGAUGCUUUCGAGGUUAUCGGAGAGCAAACUGAAGUAGUGAAGACCGGAUUCUGGAUUGGUGACUGCUUCAUUUUCACGACGGCUCUCAACCGAAUCAACUACUACGUUGGAGGAGAAAUCGUGACGAUUGCUCACGUUGAUAGACCACUAUACUUGCUAAAAGAAUUCACAAAAUUUCAGUUGGGAUACAUGGCGAAGGAAUCCCGUGUGUAUGCCGUCGACAAAGAUCUUAACGUCAUCUCUUACAAGCUUCUUCUCUCCGUCCUGGAGUACCAAACCGCCGUUAUGCGUCGCGAUUUCGAUUCUGCUGACAAAGUGCUCGCUACGAUUCCAAAGGAGCAAAGAACUCGUGUCGCUCACUUCCUUGAGAAGCAAGGAUUCAAAAAGCAAGCUUUGGCUGUAUCGCAAGACCCAGAUCACAGAUUCGAUCUUGCUGUUGCUCUUGGGGAUCUCAAGACGGCAUACGAUUUGGCGAUUCAAAUGGAUUCCGAGGAGAAAUGGAAGGCACUGAGCAAUGCGGCGACCCUCAAGUCUGAACUUAUGCUGGCCGGAGAAUGUCUCGGGAGAGCUCGUGAUUAUGGAGGUUUGAUGCUGCUUGCCACCUGCGCAGGAUCUGCACCGCUUCUUCAAAAGCUCUCCGUUGAAUCUGCUGCUGCUGAAAGCCACAACAUCAGCUUCCUCAGUAGUCUUCUUCUCGGUGAUAUUGACUCUUGCCUGGAUAAGCUCAUCGCUACUGGACGUCUCCCAGAAGCCGCUUUCCUCGCCCGCACACACGCUCCAUCUCGUGUGCAAUCGAUUUUGGACUUGUGGAAGAACAAAGCAUCGAGCCACAGUGAGAAGAGCAGCAAGAAGAUUGGAGAAUCCCUCGCUGAUCCAGUAAAAUACGAGAACUUGUUCCCUGGAUUCGCCGAGUCGUUGAAGCGCGAAUCGUUCAUUCGUGAGAUCUCCAAGAUCCCAGUUCCAGCCAACGUCCGUGUACCAUCUGUUGCCAACAGAAAUGUCGAACAAGAGUUGGAAGAAGCUGUGGCAUCUGGUGUUGUGUCAUUCACUGAGGAUGGACAGGCUGUGUUGAAGAACGCUCCACCAUCGGAGAAACAACAAUUGAAGGCUCCAGUCCCACCACAAAUGGCUCGUCAACCAUCGCCAGCCAGGGAAUCAUCACCUGUUCCUGUUCGUGAGCCAACGCCAGUUCGCGAGCCGACUCCAGAACCAGCUCAAUACGAGGAAGAAGAUGAGGAAGAGUUCGGUGACAACCAGGAAGAGAUUCAUGUGCCGGUAAGUAAAUCAAUGUCUAUUUUGUUCCAGAACGAAGAAGAAGACGCAUUCGGAACAUCAAAAACACCAGAUGUCGUAUUGGAGACGAGUAGACCAGAUAUUGUGCCACCACGGGGGUCUACUGCGCCUGAUGUUGUGUCUGCACCAGCGCCUCAAGAGGUCCAAGAAGAUCGGUGGUCCGAUGACGACUUUGGAGAUGCGGAGAACGGUGAUCUCAACAUGGACGAUCUGAAUCUCGACGAGGAAGAUUGA